CGGAGGAUGCGCAGCCGGCGCAGUUGGCGUUGGAUCGGGGUUGUUGUCGGGUGGGAGCCGUCUGCUUGCCGAGCGCCGCCGGGACAUGCUCGCAGCCUGACUGACCGCAGGUGGCCGCCGCGCCCGGGACACGAAUGAAGAAACAGCUGCUCCUCCUGUUCACACACCGGGGACUCGUCAGCCGAGGGGGCCGCAGGGGGAAACGCCGUCGAAAAUGGCUUCGUUCAGUAUCCGCGCCGCGCGUCCCGAGGACUGCUCAGACCUGCUGCGACUGAUCAAGGAACUAGCCAAGUACGAGGACAUGGAGGAUCAAGUGGUGCUAACCGAGAAAGGUAGGCUUGCAGCGACUGCCCGCCCUGCUGCGGCUCGGUGCCGCCGCCCGCAUCUGAAGGGUCCCGUUUGUUUUGCUCUCGUAGAGCUGCUGGAGGAUGGAUUCGGUGAGCACCCGUUCUACCACUGCCUCGUUGCGGAGGUGCCCAAAGAGCAGUGGUCGGCUGAAGGGCACAGCAUCGUGGGCUUUGCUAUGUAUUACUUCACUUACGAUCCAUGGAUUGGGAAGCUGUUGUAUCUUGAAGAUUUCUAUGUGAUGGCUGAAUACAGAGGACUUGGCAUUGGAUCAGAAAUCCUGAAGAAUCUGAGUCAGGUUGCUGUCAAGUGCCGCUGCAGCAGCAUGCACUUCCUAGUGGCAGAGUGGAACGAGCCCUCCAUCAGGUUCUACAAGAGAAGGGGCGCCUCCGAUCUGUCCACUGAAGAGGGCUGGAGGCUCUUCAAAAUCGACAAGGAGUAUCUGUUGAAGAUGGCAACGGAAGAGUAGUGAGAGAAGAUUCCAGCAACUAAACUCUUGCAAUGAAUAUACGCGCUCUCUGAAUAAACCCCUUCUUGCUUUCUGUGUUGGUAGUGGAAUAAAAUAGAGUGGAUGGUAGUACUGUGCAACCAUGGUCAUAGAGUAAUUGGUACCGUCAGCUGGAGCGGAGGCAUCUCAAGUUGAAUACGUGCUUGUAUCCAUCCUUUUACCAGUGUGAACUUGUAAUCUUUGUAUAUGGAAACUUCAUUCUUGUAAGUGGCAUUCAAAUGUGUACAAUGUACACACUGGUAGGGUUUGUUUUAUUUCCUUUUAUAAAAUAAAUAGUUUUCACUCAA